AUGCAAGAGUUGACAAACAGAGAGAAAGAUGUGAAUACGCAAGUCGUUGGCAAGCAGAAACUAUGUGAGCUUUGCACAGCAAAUGGCAAAUCGAUUCCUGCGUGCUUCUUCUGCUCUGAAUGCGAAAAUGAGUUUCUUUGUGAGCCAUGCGGUAAACAUCACAAUAUACAGAAAUCAACUCGAACACACAAAUUACAAGAUGUAAGUCAUUACAUGGAAGCAGCAAAUACUGAUGCCAAGAACAUUCCGAAACUAUGCGAGCCUUGCACAGCAAACGAGAAAUCGAUUCCUGCGUGCUACUUUUGUGCCGACUGCGAAAAUGAGUUUCUUUGUGAGCCAUGCGGAAAACAUCACAAUAUACAGAAAUCAACUCGAACACACAAAUUACAAGAUGUAAGUCAUUACAUGGAAGCAGCAAAUACUGAUGCCAAGAACAUUCCGAAACUAUGCGAGCCUUGCACAGCAAACGAGAAAUCGAUUCCUGCGUGCUACUUUUGUGCCGACUGCGAAAAUGAGUUUCUUUGUGAGCCAUGCGGAAAACAUCACAAUAUACAGAAAUCAACUCGAACACACAAAUUACAAGAUGUAAGUCAUUACAUGGAAGCAGCAAAUACUGAUGCCAAGAACAUUCAGAAACUAUGCGAGCCUUGCACAGCAAACGAGAAAUCGAUUCCUGCGUGCUACUUUUGUGCCGACUGCGAAAAUGAGUUUCUUUGUGAGCCAUGCGGAAAACAUCACAAUAUACAGAAAUCAACUCGAACACACAAAUUACAAGAUGUAAGUCAUUACAUGGAAGCAGCAAAUACUGAUGCCAAGAACAUUCCGAAACUAUGCGAGCCUUGCACAGCAAACGAGAAAUCGAUUCCUGCGUGCUACUUUUGUGCCGACUGCGAAAAUGAGUUUCUUUGUGAGCCAUGCGGUAAACAUCACAAUACACAGAAAUCAACUCGAACACACAAAUUACAAGAUGUAAGUCAUUACAUGGAAGCAGCAAAUACUGAAGCCAAGAACAUUCCGAAACUAUGCGAGCCUUGCACAGCAAACGAGAAAUCGAUUCCUGCGUGCUACUUUUGUGCCGACUGCGAAAAUGAGUUUCUUUGUGAGCCAUGCGGUAAACAUCACAAUAUACAGAAAUCAACUCGAACACACAAAUUACAAGAUGUAAGUCAUUACAUGGAAGCAGCAAAUACUGAUGCCAAGAACAUUCCGAAACUAUGCGAGCCUUGCACAGCAAACGAGAAAUCGAUUCCUGCGUGCUACUUUUGUGCCGACUGCGAAAAUGAGUUUCUUUGUGAGCCAUGCGGGAAACAUCACAAUAUACAGAAAUCAACUCGAACACACAAAUUACAAGAUGUAAGUCAUUACAUGGAAGCAGCAAAUACUGAAGCCAAGAACAUUCAGAAACUAUGCGAGCCUUGCACAGCAAACGAGAAAUCGAUUCCUGCGUGCUACUUUUGUGCCGACUGCGAAAAUGAGUUUCUUUGUGAGCCAUGCGGUAAACAUCACAAUAUACAGAAAUCAACUCGAACACACAAAUUACAGGAUGUAAGUCAUUACAUGGAAGCAGCAAAUACUGAAGCCAAGAACAUUCAGAAACUAUGCGAGCCUUGCACAGCAAACGAGAAAUCGAUUCCUGCGUGCUACUUUUGUGCCGACUGCGAAAAUGAGUUUCUAUGUGAGCCAUGCGGAAAACAUCACAAUAUACAGAAAUCAACUCGAACACACAAAUUACAGGAUGUAAGUCAUUACAUGGAAGCAGCAAAUACUGAAGCCAAGAACAUUCAGAAACUAUGCGAGCCUUGCACAGCAAACGAGAAAUCGAUUCCUGCGUGCUACUUUUGUGCCGACUGCGAAAAUGAGUUUAUGUGUGCACCAUGCGGUAAACAUCACACUUUACAGAAAUCAACUCGAACACACAAAUUGCAAGAUAUAAGUCAUUACAUGGAAGCAGCAAAUACUGAUGCCAAGAACAUUCAGAAACUAUGCGAGCCUUGCACAGCAAACGAGAAAUCAAGUCUUGCGUGUUUCUUUUGCGCUGAAUGCGAAAAUGAAUUUAUGUGUGCACCAUGCGGUAAACAUCACACUUUACAGAAAUCCACCCGAACACACAAAUUGCAAGAUAUAAGUCAGUACACUGAAGAUGCAAAGACUGAUGUCAAAAACAUUAGAAAACUAUGUGAGCCUUGCACAGAAAACAAACAAUCCAUUCAUGCGUGUUUCUUUUGCGCCGAAUGCGAAAAUGAAUUUCUUUGUGACGCAUGCGGUAGGCAUCACAGGAUACAGAAAUCAACUCGAGCGCACAAAUUGCAAGAUAUAUUUCUGUUCGUGGAAGUUUCGAAUGCUAACGUAACGAGCAACCAAAAGUUGUGCGAGCCUUGCAAAGCAAACGCGAAAUCAAUUCAUGCAUCCUCCUUUUGCGCUGAAUGCGAAAACGAAUUUCUAUGUGAGCAAUGCGUUAAACAUCACAAUAUACAGAAAUCCACUCGAACGCACAGCUUGCAAAACAUUCGCCAAUACGUGGAAGUUUUGAAUGAUGAAGUCACCAACAACCAAAAGAUGGGCAAGCUUAGCGAACUAAACGCGAAUGCUGAGAGUACGCCUGGAAAGCCGUGGGCUAGCGCAGUAGGUUCCGAUACAAUUACCCUUACGUGGGAAAAACCUGCUUUGUUCAAGAAGGGAGAUCAUUUCCAGAUAUCAUGCAAAGAAUACAAGAUGACAAGGUGGAAGAUUUGCCAUGAUAAGGUUGAGCUAAACAGAUUUGAAUUAACCAACGUAAAAUCCGAAUCACAGUUUAUAUUUCGCAUUCGGGCUGUAUAUAACGACCACGAAAGUGAUUACAGCAAAGAAAGUGAUAUAGUGACAACAAGGAAAUCUUUAUCAUCACAACUUGUAGGGUUCUCUACUGUUCGUAGCGCUCCCGGUGUAUUACCUAUCCAGUAUGCAUUACCUAUGACAGAAGUCAAAAAAGCAAGAAAUUCAAUCGGGAAAACAAGGAAAUUUGAAAUUGGGUAUCCAAGGAAAGUAAAUUGGGAGGAAAAGACAAUUUUACUAAUUGGUGAGACAGGAACUGGAAAAAGCACCCUUGUUGAUGGAAUGGCUAACUUCAUAUUUGGUGUUAAUUGGAAUGAUGAGUUUAGAUUUACUAUUGUCAAUCUAGAAGAUGAAGAAAAACAGAAAAAUCAGGCAGUUUUGCAAACGGAGUGGAUAACUUGUUACACGAUGCACCCACAAGACGGUGGAAGAAUUCCCUACAUUCUUAACAUAAUUGAUACGCCAGGAUUUGGAGAUACACGUGGACUUCAACGGGAUCAAGACAUCGUUAAACAAAUCCGGGAACUGUUCACCGUUAGCCCACCACAGGGAAUUUAUAUAAUAGACUCCAUCUGUUUUCUAAUUAAAGCACCGGAUGCUAGGUUGACUCCAACGCAGAGUUAUAUAUUUCAAUCGAUAAUGUCUUUGUUUGGAAAGGACAUAGAAGAAAAUAUAUGUUCGUUGAUAACUUUUGCAGAUGGUCUUGAUCCGCCGGUGAAAACUGCUUUGGAAGUUUCUGGAUUUCCAUUUGGUAAAUGGUUCCCCUUUAACAAUUCAGCUCUGUUUGCGAAAAAUACAACUUUAGAUUCAUCCAGCAUGUCGCCAAUGUUCUGGGACAUGGGUUUAAACAGUUUUCGGAAUUUCUUCAAACAUUUAGAAACACUACCGUCAGCGAGUUUGAAAUUGACCAGCGAUGUUGGUACUGAAGGCCGUGAAUUGGAAGCUAUUGUAAAAAAUCUUGAGCCGCUGCUUGAAGCUGGUCUCGUGAAGAUCAAUACAUUAACAGAACAGAUUAAAUGUUUUGAAGAAAACAAAUCAAUCAUUGCCGACAAUAAAUAUUUUACCUACAGAGUUAAAAUUAAUAAACAGCUGAAAAAAGACCUUCCAGCUGGUGAGCAUGUCACAAACUGUAUAAACUGUCACUUUAAAUGUCAUGAAAAAUGUUCCAUUUCAAACAAUGCUGAAAAGAGGGGUUGUUGGGCGAUCGAUCAGACAUCGGGUUACUGUAAAAUAUGUCCGAACAAAUGCAUUUGGAACAAACAUUUCAACACUCCUUAUAUAUUUGAAUAUAUUGUUGUCGAUGAACAGCAAACGUACUCAGAAAUGAAAAAAAUAUAUGAAGAUGCAUCUGGUAAAUUGCUCGAUCAAGAACAAUUGAUAGCCGAGAUACAAGCAGAUUUGAAUAAUGUGGUUGAAACUGUUGAUGAAAUGAUGGAAACCUUUACUAUAUCUAAAGCCCGCCUUAACGAAAUAGCACUUCGCCCUAAUCCGUUAACAAUGAAAGAGCACAUAGAUCUGCUUAUUGAAAAUGAGAAGAUGAUUAAGAAGAACGGUUGGUUCGAAAGAAUUAAAACACUGCACAAGUUUAGAAAGCGUGCUGAUAUAGAUAAACAUUUCAGUCAAUUCCGUAUGCAAGCAACAUCGUACGUGACCGUUAGCAAUGUAGAAGCAAAACAUAAAAAGAAAGAUCAACCGAAUGUAUUUGUACGUGGUUGGAAUCAAAUUAAAAAACAUACAGAUUUCGAUUGAGUUAGCACUUGUGCAAUUCAGGUAAAACAAACAUAGGAACCUUCAAUAUCACUCAAAUAAUUUCAAUACACCAUGCAUAAUAUGUUAAAACACAGUUUAAGUCUUUUGUCGAUACAUCGCUUUAUUUGAGCUUAUUAUCCCCGCCGAAUUUUUUUUCGGAGGGGAUAUAGUAAUUGGUCCUGUCCGUCUGUCCGUCCUUCCGUCCGAAACUUUGUCCAGAGCAUAACUCUAAAUCUACUGAAGGGAUUUACUUGAAACUUGAAAUAUAAACAGAUGGUAACUAGGAAAAGUGCAGUGACCAAGAACCAUUACUCUAUCUACCUUAGAUUUUGAAGUAUCUCCCUUUAUAUAAUUUCAAAGUAAAUUUGUGUCCGGAGCAUUACUCUAAAUCUACUGAAGGGAUUUACUUGAAACUUGACAUAUAAACAGAUGGCAAGUAUGAGAAGUGCAGUGACUAAAAACCAUAACUCUAUCUACCUUAGUUUUUGAAUUAUGUCUCUUUAUUUAAUUUCAAAGUAAAUUUUUGUCCGGAGCAUAACUCUAAAUCUACUGAAGGGAUUUACUUGAAACUAGAAAUAAAAACAGAUGGCAACUAGGAGAAGUGCAGUGAACAUGAAUCAUAACUCUUUCGGCCGUAGUUGU